CUUGUUUUCCGGGUUGGACGCAACGUGAUGCGGAAGUGAGGUGUAAACGACCUGCAUUUAUGUCAACAACCGUUUUUUAGGCACAGAUCAUGACUACCAACACAGAGUGCUUCUUCAAACCCAGAAGGAAAACACAACGUAGAUAGUUGUUAAGACCUUUUAAUGGCGGAUGCGUGUGUCGGUCGGGCUCCGGCCUGUCUGUGCGUCCUGUGCGGGUUACCUGCUGCUGGCAAGUCCACUGUGGGCCGCACGAUUCUCCGCGCCGCUGCACAACAGGGAUGGAGAGCUGCUGUGGUGCCGUACGAUGACUUGAUCCCAGAGAAUGCCUUCCAGAGUCGAAUGGUGCUGGACGGUGGCAGCCUGGAAGGAAUGCACACUGAGUGGAAAUUCCACAGACAGGCAGUGCUGCAGUCCAUCGAGCAGUUCCUGAAGGAGCCUCACGUGUCGGCAGUGCAACCAAGCAGCUGCAAGAUCAACACAGCCACAUGGAGAAAAUGCAUUGGAGCUCUGCUGCAGCCUGAAGCUUCGGGCGCUCUUCUGUUUUUGCUGGAUGACAACUUCUACUAUCCAAGCAUGCGAUAUGAAGUGUACCAACUUGCCAGAAAGUAUUCGCUGGGGUUCUGCCAGGUUAAUGUACAGUGUGAUUUGGAAACCUGCAUCAGCAGAAACCAGAGCAGGACUCGGCCCAUUCCGACGGAGGUCAUCAUGGACAUGGUGAAGCGUCUGGAGUGUCCAAACCCACAGAAGAACUCUUGGGAGUCCAACAGCAUUUUACUGAAUACAACAGACAUUUUGUCAAAAUGUGACAUUCAGAAGGUGAUAGAUUUGAUCUUUUUUGCACUGAGCAACCCACUGAGCCCAGCUGAAGACAACACCGAACAAAAGGAGGCUGACCGCUUGAAAUGUGCCAUUAGUGUGGGUCACCAGGCUGACCAGGCCUGUCGACGCCUUAUCUCUGAAGCCAUGAAGAGAGCAAAAGAAAAACAAGUGCCCCCGGAUCACAUGCGCUCUUUGGCUGCUCAGCUGAAUGAAUCGAAAGCAAUGUUUCUUCACAAUCUUCGGAAACAGUUCCUGCGUGAAGCUUCUUUUCCUGAUGAUGAAGACAUCGAUGUGGAAUGCGUGGUGAAAAGAGCAGUGGACAGCUUUGAAAGGGAGAAGGAGGAAAUUUUGUUGUGCAUCACAAAUGACCAUAAAUGAAUGUAUGAAGGAAUUUUUCGUAAAGCAAGAUUAAAUUGCUCCAGAAGUCA